UCUUUUUCUUAAUGGUUACCAAUUCCAGAGAGACACCCCCUUUAUAUUCCAUAUUAUUCUCUCUAUGACACCUCAUUUUCGUUCUCUUCCUCUCUAACUAACUUUUCUUCUUCCAUUAACAAACCAUAUCUUGUUCCUCUUCAUCUUCAUCUUCACCUCCAAAUAUCACUCAUUUUUCAUCUUCGCCACCUUGAAGAAAAUUCUAUUCAUGCAAAAAUGUUUGAAGGAUUAUUGAAGCCUAAAAACUAUACAAAAUGCAAAACAAAUUUGAAAUUAAUAAAGACGAGGCUAGAGACGAUACGAAAGAAGCGAACCGCGGUACAGAGAUUUCUGAAGAAAGAUCUCGCCGAUCUUCUUAGAAACUCUCUUGAUUACAAUGCAUAUGGAAGGGCUGAAGGCCUUUUGGUGGAGCAAAAUAUGUCAGCUUGUUAUGAACUCAUAGCGAAAUUCGUUGAAUGUGUAUCGGGUCAUGUUCGCGAAAUUUGUAAACACGAGGAUUGUCCUGAUGAAUGCAAGGAAGCUAUACCUUCGUUGGUAUAUGCUGCUGCAAGGUUUUCUGAUCUUCCAGAAUUGCGAGAAUUGAGAAGUUUGUUUUCAGAGAAAUAUGGGAAUUCUCUUGAACCUCAUGUGAAUGAAGAGUUUAUUGAAAGAUUGAAGCGAAAUCCUCCUUCAAAAGAAAUGAAGAUCCAACUAUUGCAUGAAUUAGCACAAGAAUUCUCUAUAGAUUGGGAUAUGAAGUCUUUGGAGCAAAGACUUUACUCACCCCCUCUCUCGCGUCAGGAGAAGGAGAAGCCUAAAGAUGAUGAACAAAAUGAUUCUGAUAACACGAGCCCGAAAAUCGAUGAUGUAUGGUGGAGUGUGCAGAGAAGCACUAGCACUAGCACUGACAGUGAAACAACUAUCACUGAUACUUCAUCACAGGAAGGCCAAAAGGCUUGUUCAAGUUCAUUAGAAAAUGUAUCCGACGACAACGAAGAAACAGAAGUUAAGAAACCGUUUACGUCGAAGUUUGCUCCUCCUCCUUAUAUCAGAGAGAAUAAAUUCGAAAGCAAUUUGAACAAAACUACAUCAGAAUCUCCAACUGCAGAAAAACCGAAACCAAGAUCAGUGAGAAGAAGACCUCUUAAACCACCACCGAAUGAAAACACAGUUAAAGAUUUUUCCAAAACAGGCGAUGGAUUUGAAGAAAAGAUGGUAGAUGAACUUCUAAUGCACUAUAGUGAGAAACAACCUCCUUAUGAAUCUGAUAAGGAGCAAAAUAAAAGGCCUAUAAAAUCUAUUUCUCAAAGAGAUAUGAGUAAGGUUGAAACAUUACAAGGUCGUGGAAGAACUACUUCCUUAGUACCUGAAAUGUUGAGAACAAAAACAACAAGACAUGUGCAUCCUAGUUUACCUGAGUAUGAUGAUUUGUCGGCACGUUUAGCAGCUCUCAGAAGAACAUAAGGAUAAACUGUCAUAUAAUUUUUUGGCUUGGUUAUUCUUGUUAUUCAUUCUCUAUCUGUAUAUACUCUAUUUCUAUGUUUGUACUUGAAGAUUUAAAUUGAUUGAUUCUAACA